CACUGGCAGAGUGAGAGAGAGAGGCAGAGAGAAACUGGCAGAGUGAGAGAGAGAGGCAGAGAGACACUGGCAGAGUGAGAGAGAGAGGCAGAGAGAAACUGGCAGAGUGAGAGAGAGAGGCAGAGAGACACUGGCAGAGAGGGAGAGAGAGGCAGAGAGACCCUGACAAGCAGAGAGAGAGAGAGAGAGAUGGAGAGAUGGACAGAUAGAUGAAGAGAGAGAGAGAGAGUCAGAUUAGUGAACCGAAGCUGAAAAAGAAGCUGAAUCCGUCUCUGCGGAUUUCUCUGGAUUUAUUUCAUUGCUUCACUUUUUUCCCCUGAUCCGUAGUAAAUUAAUAAAUACAUUUAUCGAUGAAUUGAUCGGCAGUUGCAACAGAAGAAAAGUGGAUUGAUUUUUAGAGAAAUCUGACAGUGACCGCGGGAAAAAUGUGGAGAAGUUGUUUGCGUUCCUGAAUCAAAAGAAGAAGAAGCUCAUGGGGAUCAAAGCCACAGCAAACUGAUCAAACUGCGGAUCGAUCGAAGAUGAUUAUUGGUGUUUGGAGCUGAGAAAGAAAAGCAGCGGAGAUGUACGAGGAGAGCCGCAAAAGUGCUGGUCGUAAUGGCUACACCAACACAGUGGAUGGGGAGGAGGGAGGAGGGGAGGGGGAGGAAGAGGAGGAGGGAGAAGAGGGAGAUGGAGGAGGAGAGGGAGGAGGAGGAGAUGAGGAGAGGGAUGCAGAGUGGGAUGAAGAGCUGGAUGGAGAGAACGAGGGAGGUGUGAGGAUGACGAGAACGGACACGCUUCACUCAACCACAAGUUCAACUGGAACACAGAGAAGGAGAGGACAACAUGCUAAGAAACAGGUGCAGGGCAGUAAUCAGGUCCAGCGAGCUCCUCGAGCAUUGUACUGUCUGAAACUCAACAAUCCAAUCAGACGAGCUGCUCUCUCCAUUGUUGAGUGGAAACCGUUUGACAUCUUUAUCCUUUUAGCCAUCUUCGCUAACUGUGUCGCUCUUGGAGUUUCCAAACCGUUCCCUGAGGACGACUCCAACUCCACCAACCACGACCUGGAACAAGUGGAGUACGUCUUCCUCAUCAUCUUCACUAUUGAGACCUUCCUGAAGAUCCUGGCCUACGGUCUGGUGAUGCACCCCAGCUCCUACAUCCGCAACGGCUGGAACCUGCUCGAUUUCGUCAUCGUCAUUGUCGGGUUGUUCAGCGUCGUCUUGGAAACAAUGACUCAUAAGUCAGGCGAGCAGGCAACCACUCACCACGUGCCGGGGAAGCCUGGAGGUCUGGAUGUCAAAGCCCUGAGAGCGUUCAGAGUCCUGAGGCCGCUCAGACUGGUCUCUGGAGUCCCGAGUCUGCAGAUUGUGUUGAACUCCAUCAUGAAGGCAAUGGUUCCUCUGCUCCACAUUGCUCUGCUGGUUCUGUUUGUCAUCAUCAUCUACGCCAUCAUCGGUCUGGAGCUCUUCAUCGGACGCAUGCACAGAACUUGCUACUACAUAGGAACAGAUAAUUAUGUGGAGGACGACCCGGUGCCGUGUGCGUUCGCCGGUCAUGGGCGUCAGUGCGCAAUUAACGGCUCAGAGUGUCGGGGGAGGUGGGAUGGUCCCAACGGAGGAAUCACCAACUUCGACAACUUCUUCUUCGCCAUGUUGACGGUGUUCCAGUGCAUCACCAUGGAGGGCUGGACCGACGUUCUGUACUGGAUGAAUGACGCCAUCGGCUUCGAGCUGCCCUGGGUCUAUUUUGUCAGUCUGGUGAUUUUCGGCUCGUUCUUCGUUCUGAACCUGGUCCUGGGAGUCCUGAGCGGAGAGUUCAGUAAGGAGAGGGAGAAGGCGAAGGCUCGGGGAGAUUUCCAGAAGCUGAGGGAGAAGCAGCAGAUGGAGGAAGAUCUGUGUGGCUACAUGGACUGGAUCACUCAGGCCGAGGACAUGGACGAGCUGGAUGAGGACGGAAACCCACGUCCAUCUUUGGGAGAUCUGUCUGAUAAGAAGAGAGGGAAGUUCGGAUGGUUCAGUCACUCCAAUGAAACACACGCGAGUCUUCCUGCCAGUGAAACAGCUUCUGAAAACACUGAAAACAUCGACGAGGAACACACCAACUGCUGCCAGGCCUGCUGUGCUCGCAUGAUGAAGAUCGGCUGCUGUCGGACACUGCGUCGCUGGAAUCGUGUCUGUCGCAGGAACUGUCGCACUGCUGUGAAAUCUGUGACGUUCUAUUGGCUUGUUCUGCUGCUCGUCUUCCUCAACACCUCCCUGAGCGCCUCCGAGCACUACAAUCAACCUAACUGGCUGACACAAGUCCAGGACAUCGCCAACAAGGUCCUGCUGUCUCUGUUCACCGUGGAGAUGCUGCUGAAGAUGUACAGUCUGGGUCUGGCUCACUACUUCGUGGCCUUCUUCAACCGCUUCGACUGCUUCGUGGUGUGUGGGGGCAUCAUGGAGACCAUCUUGGUGGAGCUGGAGAUCAUGCCUCCUCUGGGCAUCUCUGUGCUGCGCUGCGUCCGCCUUCUGCGGAUCUUCAAGGUCACACGCCAUUGGACGGCUCUGUCCAAUCUGGUGGCAUCCCUGCUGAACUCCAUGAAGUCCAUCGCCUCCCUGCUGCUGCUCCUCUUCCUCUUCCUCAUCAUCUUCGCUCUGCUUGGCAUGCAGCUGUUCGGAGGGAAGUUCAACUUCGACGAGACACAGACCAAACGCAGCACCUUCGACGCCUUCCCCCAGGCGCUGCUCACCUGCUUCCAGAUCCUGACGGGUGAGGACUGGAACAUGGUCAUGUAUGACGGCAUCAUGGCGUACGGAGGCCCCGUGUUUCCAGGGAUGAUCGUCUGUGUUUACUUCGUCAUCCUCUUCAUCUGUGGUAACUACAUACUGCUGAACGUCUUCUUGGCCAUCGCUGUGGACAACCUGGCUGGAGGAGACGGAGACGACAAGAAGGAAGAGAAGAAGGAGGAGGGAGCUGUGGAGGAGGAGGCCGAAGAAGGAGAAGUGAAGGUGGACAUUGAUGCAGACACUGAGUACGAGGAGGAGGAGGGGCUUCCUGAAGGAGAUGAAGACGGAGGGGACCAGUUAAAGAUGGCCGACCUUGCUCCUCCUAAAGAGAAGAUUCUUCCAAUCCCAGAAGGCAGUGCUUUCUUCUGCCUCAGCAAAACAAACCCUAUCCGUGUAGGAUGUCACACUCUAAUCCACCACCACAUCUUCACCAACCUCAUCCUGGUCUUCAUCAUCCUCAGCAGCUGCUCGUUGGCUGCCGAGGAUCCAAUCAGAGCCCACUCCUUCAGGAACAACAUCCUGGGUUAUGCAGACUACGCCUUCACCUCCAUCUUCACUGUGGAGAUCCUGUUAAAGAUGACGGUCCAUGGAGCGUUCCUCCAUCAGGGCUCCUUCUGCAGAAACUGGUUCAACUUGUUGGAUCUACUGGUCGUCAGCGUCUCACUGGUCUCCUUCUUCCUGCACUCCAGCGCAAUCUCAGUGGUGAAGAUCCUCAGAGUCCUCAGGGUGCUCCGACCUCUGAGAGCCAUCAACAGAGCCAAAGGACUCAAGCAUGUGGUCCAGUGUGUAUUUGUGGCCAUCAGGACGAUUGGAAACAUCAUGAUCGUCACGACUCUGCUGCAGUUCAUGUUCGCCUGCAUCGGAGUCCAGCUCUUCAAGGGUAAAUUUUAUCGCUGCACAGACGAAGCCAAACACACUCCUGAACAGUGCAAAGGGACCUUUGUGGUGUAUAAAGAUGGAGACGUGAGCCACCCGAUGGUCAGGGAGCGUCUGUGGCACAACAGUGACUUUAACUUUGAUAACGUGUUGAUGGGGAUGAUGGCGCUCUUCACCGUGUCCACCUUCGAGGGCUGGCCCGCUCUGCUGUACAAAGCCAUUGAUGCGAACAGGGAGAACUCUGGUCCCAUCUACAACUACCGAGUCGAGAUCUCCAUCUUCUUCAUCGUCUACAUCAUCAUCAUCGCCUUCUUCAUGAUGAACAUCUUUGUGGGUUUCGUCAUCAUCACCUUCAGAGAACAGGGAGAGCAGGAGUACAAGAACUGUGAGCUGGACAAAAACCAGCGUCAGUGUGUGGAGUACGCUCUCAAGGCUCAGCCGCUGAAACUUUACAUCCCAAAGAAUCCGGUUCAGUACAAAUUCUGGUCCAUCAUCAACUCUACGGGGUUUGAAUACGUCAUGUUCGUCCUAAUCCUGCUCAACACCGUCACUCUGGCUGUUCAGCACUAUGAACAGUCUAAAACCUUCAGCCACAUCAUGGACAUCCUCAACAUGGUGUUUACUGGACUCUUCACUGUGGAGAUGCUGCUGAAGCUGCUCGCUCUCAGACUCAGGCACUACUUUAUCGACGCCUGGAACUCGUUUGACGCUCUAAUCGUGGUCGGCAGCGUUGUCGACAUCGUGGUCACAGAGUUCAGCAGUGGAGAGGACAGCUCUCGAGUGUCCAUCACCUUCUUCCGUCUGUUUCGAGUGAUGCGAUUGGUCAAGCUGCUGAGUAAAGGGGAGGGCAUUCGCACACUGCUGUGGACUUUCAUCAAAUCGCUGCAGGCUCUGCCGUACGUCGCUCUGCUCAUCGCCAUGAUUUUCUUCAUCUACGCCGUCAUCGGCAUGCAGACGUUUGGGAAGAUAGCGAUGCAGGAUCACACUCAGAUCAACAGGAACAACAACUUCCAGACUUUCCCUCAGGCUGUUCUCCUCCUCUUCAGGUGUGCUACAGGUGAGGCGUGGCAGGAGAUCAUGUUGGCCAGCCUUCCAGGUAAACGCUGUGACCCCGAGUCAGACUACGAACCAGGGGAAGAGUUCACCUGUGGCAGCAACUUCGCCAUCGUUUACUUCAUCAGCUUCUUCAUGCUGUGUGCUUUCCUGAUCAUCAACCUGUUUGUUGCCGUUAUCAUGGACAACUUCGACUAUCUGACACGUGAUUGGUCGAUUCUGGGACCACAUCAUCUGGACGAGUUUAAAAGGAUCUGGUCUGAAUACGACCCAGAGGCCAAGGGUCGCAUCAAACACCUGGACGUUGUGGCUCUGCUCAGGAGGAUUCAGCCUCCUCUGGGUUUUGGGAAGCUCUGUCCUCACAGAGUGGCCUGUAAGCGCCUGGUAGCAAUGAACAUGCCUCUGAACGCUGACGGGAUGGUGACCUUUAAUGCAACGCUCUUCGCUCUGGUUCGCACCGCCCUCAAGAUCAAGACCGAAGGUAACCCUGAGCAGGAGAACGAGGAGCUGAGGGGGAUCAUCAAGAAGAUCUGGAAAAGAAUGAAACCAAAACUACUGGAUGAAGUCAUACCACCACACGAAGAGGAAGAAGUGACAGUUGGGAAAUUUUACGCAACUUUCCUGAUCCAGGAUUAUUUCAGGAAGUUCAGGAAGAGGAAAGAGAAAGGAACUCUGCCCGGAGAGUCUGACGCCACCAACCCAUCUGCAAUCCAGUUGUGUAAAGCCGGUCUGAAGACUCUGCAGGAUCUGGGUCCAGAGAUGCGUCUGGCUCUGAACGAGGACCUGGAGGAGGAGGAGGAGGCCAUGAUGGAGGAUGAGGAGCUGGAGGAGAACACCACAUACAAGGGGGAAAAUGGUUUUGGACCAGAGAAAGAUCGACGAGGCUCCAUCCUGACCACGCCCACUGGUCCUGGUGGUGUUGUCGGUGACGGAGCCGUGUCUAAUGGAGGUCUGAUUCACCGGGUUGGUUCUCUCACCAAGAUGCAGAACGGCAGCGAAAAUGAGGAACAUCUUUACCGUGGAGACAACAUGAGGUCAUCUGUAAAUCAUCCCCAUCACCGCCCAUCAGUGAAGAACGGCCUGCUGGACCACGCCCAAAAGAGACCAUCAUACUACAAACAACAUGGAAGGAGGGACUCAAGGGACAGAUACUGGAGGAAUGGGGACAUGGAGGCGUAUGGAGAGCAGGGUUAUUACAGCAGAGAGGAAGACAACGACAGCAUCACCUCCAGAGACAGGUAUACUGACAGACAUUACCCUGACGAGCCUCCUCUAUACAGAGACCACUACGAUGGACACGCCCCCUACACCAACAAUAGCUAUGGUAACGGCUACAGCGACGGCAGGAGGACAACCCGCAGACGCCUACUUCCUGCCACGCCCACAGGUCGGAAACCAUCGUUUAACAUCCAGUGUCUGAGGAGGCAGGGGAGCAGUGACGACCUGCCCAUCCCUGGGACGUACCACCCCACUUCUCCACCACGCCGUGCACGCACACAGACAUUCAGCAGUUAUGAGUCUCGUCACUCCUCCGGGCGCUCCUCAGCAGCGUCCUCGGCGUCCUGGGCAAACCCAUGUCCUCGCCGUGGACGCCUCCUCUACGCUCCUCUUAUCCUGGUGGAGGAGGAAGGCAGCCCGCCCUGGGGAGGGGGAGGAGGAGUACCAGGGGGUGAGGGGAAGAAGGAAGGAGCAGGAAGAGGUGUCAGUGUGACAGGUGCAGCACCCAGACCGGCCUGGUACGGUGGCCCUGUGGGGACAUCAGCACCGCCGCCAUACAGAGCCUACACCACCCUCAGAGUUCCUUCUCAGCUCGGAGCUCAGUUCACUGAGAAACGGGGAUCAGCCGACAGUCUAGUGGAGGCGGUCCUGAUCUCAGAGGGUCUUGGCCUUUAUGCACGGGAUCCGAAGUUUGUGGCGUUUGCAAAGCGAGAGAUCGCGGAUGCGUGUCACAUGACGGUGGAUGAGAUGGAAUCGGCUGCCAGCGACCUCCUUGGUUCAGGGAGCCACGGUUUCCUUGGCAAUGCUGCUGCCGACCCUGCUGCGCUCUACAGUGACGAGGAGCCAAUCAGGACGGGUCGUGAUGAAGACGAGCUGGCCGACGAGAUGACAUGUGUGACAUCAUUUUGACAAUCUGGACCAAUCACAGAUGAGAGAGAGCGACGGUGACUUUGACAGGCGGGAUACAGCAAUGUUUGAACCUGUCUGGGUUUGAUUGACAGAACAUUUAACCAAUCAGGAGAAGAUAGAGGGGUUUAAUAAAAAGCAAAACUGAAUGAGUUUGGUUAAAGGUCAAUUUAUUGUUUUAUGGACAGAGUUCUGAUCAGGAAGGUGGAAGGAAAGGAAGUGAGGAAGUAGGGAAAUAAUGGAAGUGAUGGAGGAAGGAAAAUGAGGAAGGAAGAAAAAUAAGAGGAAAGAAAGGAGAUAUAAGAAGUGCAGGGUAGCUGAUAGAAGAAAAGAAAAAGAGGAAGGAAGAAAAAUGAAAGAAAAAAGAAAAGGACAGAAGAAGAAAGGAGGACUAGCGACAAAAGAAAAAGAUUUCUGAUGUGGAGGAUGUUAGGUGGAAUUAAGGACAGAGGGGAAAAACUGUUCAGAAAAGAAAAAAAUUGGAGGAAGGAUAAAGACAAAAGAUAAAAAAAUCUGUAAAAAGGGAAAGAAUGAAAAAGUGCAGGAUGCUUAAAGAAAGGAUAAAGAGGAGGGAGGGAGGGGGUUAUAAAAAGGAAAGAAAAGAAAGGAAGGCAAAAGAAGGGCUUUGAAAUGAAGGAUAGACAUUUAGAGAAAGCUUGAGAAGAAGGUGGAAGGAAGGAUGAACAGAAAAAAAGUGUUGAUCAAAAGGAGAUGAAGAGGAAGGUGAAGAAAUGAUUAUAGAUGAAGAACAAAAAUAAAAUAAUUCAGGAGAGAGGAAAAGACUAAGAAGUGAGUUGACUCGUGGAAAAAUUAUACAAGUCGUCAUGGUGACGCUGACUGUUUCUAUACCACAGAGCAAAAGGAACUGUGAAUCUGCUGACUCGGCACGGGCCCAGGGGCCCGAAAGGCAGGGGCCCCUGUCUGAAGUGACUUAAUCCUGGUUAUUGGAAAGUCAAUCAAAUAACUACAAAGACACACAAGACAAAACUAGCCUACAUGGGAUCACACUGUACCCACAAUGCACUUUUGCUGCGCAGCGGAAUGAUAACAGUUCUGUCUUACAGGUUCUUCUGUAGCUUGAUAUAAUGUUUUUGAAUAUUUGGUACCUACAUUUAUGAACCCGUGUACAUACAGAUAAUACACAACUUAACAAUGAUUAUUGCAAUUUUCAAAGAGGGGAAUUCAGAUAAUAUGAAUUCACAGAGAUGGUUUUUCAAAUGUGUCAUUGCUGUAAAUUCACUGGUAGUAUUAGUAUUAUUAUUGAUUCAAUUUCACAAUUAGAUUUAUAUGCAAAGGUUCAUUCAUUACUGCUGUUAAUUCAAUUCAAAUAAUAAACAUAUAAUUCACUUGUCAUUUUGUAGAGUUGACUUUCACGUUAAUGUUUGUUCUUUCUUCUUUCUUCACUUUCACACAUGAACCAGUUCAUCACUAACUUCCUGUUUUCUUUCUGUGUCUCAUAGUUUCUUGCAUUAAAUUACUAUUUUCCUGCAAUUGUAUAACAGCACCAUCUUUUUAAUAUGAAAGUCAGAUGAAAUUCAGCUGCAAAUUUUCUAUAUUUAUUGUUUUUAGUGAGUCAAGAGCAGGAAUGAAUGAACCGUGUUGAGAUUCUGUUGCUGAUUUCUUUUAAUACUGUGUUGAACGUCCUGCUCUGUGUGGAGGAAAAUAUUUCUCAUAUUUUAUUAAGGUGUAUUUUUAUUCUCAUCAAUGAAGGAGUUGUCUACAAUCAGACGAUGAACUGAAAAGCCUUUUUUUGACUGUUGUUUUCUAUUUGACAGGAGAAACUUGAGUGUUUGUGAAGUAUGUUUUCUUUUUUUUAAUGUUUGAUUUUUUUAUUCAUUCUGACAGGACUGGAUUACUCUUGUUGAUUUUUUUAAAUGGCAACAGCUGACAGUCCACUCUGCCUGUCUCGUUUGAAAUUUUGUGUUUCCACCAGACUUUUCUUUUUCUUUCCGACAGUUUCAACUGUUUUCCAGCAGUUAAGGGCUUUUCAAUUUCACGCCUGGAAUUCCCCAUGAAUCCUCUUCAAGUGUUGAGAACUGCCGUGUUCAGCUGAGCAAUGUCUCUGUCUGAACCUGUAUUUACCUCAAAUAAAGACUGAAUACAAGCU